AUGUUGGCACGGGUGAUGCGAGGAAGAGGGGUGCUGUUGGUGCGGAGUUGCCGUUUGAGGGACCCACUGAGCCCGUGGAGGUUUAGCAGGACUCAUUCGUCAGCGGACCUAUCGAAGGUGGGGGCCAGUCGCUGGCUGCUCCGUGGACCUCAUAGGAUCACUGCAACUACUACUACUGCUGCUGCUUCUGCUGCUACGAGGGCGUCGCUGAGCAACGACGUGCUGGUUGCGCCGCAGAAGGUCGUGUCGCGAGACGGUAGUCUCCCGGGACAGCAGAUUCAGAUCAGCGAGCGGGCUGCAUGGAGACUCAAACAGAUCUACGACGAAUCGGGCGAGGUGCUCUCGAUCAGUGUUGAGAGCGGCGGGUGCCACGGGUACCAGUACGUUUUGAAGCUGGUCUUGGACGACGCCGCAUUGCCAGCGGACCAACCGGGAGACGACGAGUUCGCUGCAAGCAAGAACACCGUCACGUACGUCAUGCCAGACCACGGCGGCAAGAUCCUCAUUGACGGGGAAUCGCUCAGGAUCCUCGACGGCACCACGCUCGCCUACACAACUGAACUCAUCGGGUCCUCCUUCAAAAUAACGGGCGGGAAUCUCAAGAGCAAGUGCGGUUGCGGGACAAGCUUCGACAUUAAUUGA